GGAAUUUGGAUAAUAUUCGCCCUCUAGAAGCCUACGAGUAGUCGGGUGAUGCGCUUCCGUACGCUUCCGGAGUGUCCAAAGAGCCGGAGCCGAAAAAAAAUCAAAGAAACUCGAAAUAAACGGAUGUGCGCUCGGCGAAGGUGUGCCUUUUGAUCGAAGGAAGCAAGAGAGAGAGAGAGAGAGAGAGAGAGAGAGAGAGAGAGAGAGAGAGAGAGAGAGAAAAGGAUAUACGACUUUGAUGAAUGUCCGCGACUGUCAAAAUUCUUCCUGGUCCCUCAUGCGCAAAUGUCAUAUCGAUAAUCGAUUAUGUUGAUUAGACGAAAGACGGCAAGACGGAUUUCUUCAUUUUCGUCCGACUUAUUCUUUCGAGAACGUUUUCAUUUCCUAGAGGAUAAGCUAGAUAAGAUCGAAAAUAGUUGGAUCUAAAUCAGGAUAUUGCGCUAUCGUUGAUUAGCAUUGAGGCAGCUUAAUGGAGCUCCAUAUAAUUAUGGAUGGCGGUACGGAAACCCUGAACGAGGCUAUGUGGUUCGCUGAGACACCAUCGCCGCCGUACGAACAAUUAUCGCCUAAUCGUCCAAACAGAUGCGAUGGAAUAGUAGCGCAGCAAGCAGCCACCGGUUAUAACGAUUCUCGGGAUACAUUGUGGCAAGAUAAGGAGAACGUGCUAAAGAGUUGUUCGGAAGAGGGUGCUGCUCGAAUACGUUCGAGCAACGAAUCGCCGUGUCACGUGUCCUCGUCUCCCGAGCAAACGGGCAAUCCAUCUCAGACGAACAAUUUGAAACGUCGAAACGCUGCUGGCGAACCGACGAUACACACUGUUUCGGAACUCGAUAGGAAGCACGCUAGAAGAGACGGAUCUAUCGGAAGCAAUGGUUCCACCGGUCAAGGUUGGUCCACACAGGUGGAAGAACUUGCGGAACAUCUGGCCGACUUUGACGGAUCGUUGUCCGCUCUCGCGGCUUCCGAUCUUGCUACAGCCGUCGCCUCCUACAAUAUGAGCGAAGCUUUACUCGCCUUUCCAUCGGUCUUCAAGCAGGAAGCACCGUCACCGGAAAAUCAACACAACAGUUCGAAUUUAAAUCACGUGACCCAGAGAGCAAUAAACGGGCCAGCUUCGAAUAAUACGAACGUCGGUACGAUCGAAGCGGACAACAACAACAACAACAACAACAACAACAACAACAACAACAACAACAACAACAGCAGCAGCAGCAGCAGCAACAAUGGACAGACCGCGGCGGCGAGUCUUCAUCAGCUGCUCUACUCGGGUAACGAGGAAUAUCCGGCGACAUCGACCUCAGGAAAUCACGUUUCUUCCUCCCAACAAGGAAAUGAGUUCAACGAGGAUUGUCGCUUCCAAUACGUUCUUGCAGCGGCUACGAGCAUCGCGACAAAGGUCAACGAGGAAACGCUUACGUAUUUAAACCAAGGUCAGUCGUACGAAGUCAAAUUGAAGAAACUCGGGGAUCUGUCGGCCUAUCGCGGAAGGAUUUUGAAGGGACAUACGACGUUUUUGUUUCAGUCGACGAUUCGUAUUUGUUUUCACGAGAGGCGCCUCCAAUACACCGAGCGAGAACAAAUGCUCGCUUGGCAACGUACUAGACCCGGUGAAAGAUUACUCGAAGUAGAUGUGCCCCUUAGUUAUGGUAUGGUGGACGUUUGUCAACCAUCUCCGUCCAGCAAUAGCGUAGAAUUUAUGUGGGAUCCCACCAAGGAGGUUGGCGUUUAUAUAAAGGUUAAUUGUAUUAGCACGGAGUUUACACCAAAGAAACACGGUGGCGAGAAAGGUGUACCUUUUCGAAUUCAAGUCGAAACCCGAUUACCCGGCGGACCCCGAUUGCAUGCCGCAUCUUGUCAGGUCAAAGUCUUUAAAUUGAAAGGGGCCGAUCGUAAACACAAACAAGACAGAGAUAAAAUUCAACGGCGACCGCCGCACGAACAGGACAAGUAUCAGCCUGGUUACGAUUGCACUAUUUUAUCCGACAUUCCAUUAGAAGCAUUGUCAUCGUCGAAUUUGAUAGCGCAAAACGGAGCGAGUCCUUACACGUCAACCGAGGCAAUAUCACCACAAAGCCGAGCGAGCGUAGGUGGCAACGUUUCGCCCAUUAGAGCACCCUCGGCCCUAUCGGUUUCCGCUUCCGGAGUCGUACCCUUGGUAUCGGUGCCGGAUGCUGCGAAAGAAAACGUAGGAACGGCACCGGCUCUUCCAUCGCCCGCAGCCAUCUUACCGGAUCAAUCUUGCAUCGUUGAAACCGACAACGUUGGUUUCUCGAGGAGAAACGCUAAUUCCCCGAAACAAUUGGAAUCUAUGAAAAUCGGAACGUCUUACUUCACCGAAUUGGCACCGGACGCUAAUACAGCGCAAACGAGCGCGUGGCUUCGAGCGGGCCGAUUCAAUGCUUUCGAGUCGACCUUCGCAAGUUUCUCAGCUUCUGACAUUUUACGGCUCUCCAGAGACGACUUGAUACAAAUCUGCGGUCUCGCCGAUGGAAUACGAUUGUUCAAUGCUCUGCACUCGAAGGCACCGACGCCGAAACUCACGCUCUAUUUCUCCUUGGAAAGUAACGGCUCGCUCUGGAGAGUCGCUUAUCUCGAUCAUUUGACCAGCAACGCGCUAACGAACAAAUUAACGAGUACUUUGUGCCUAUCGCAGGAUCGUUUACACUCGGUGCUUUUCCUCGGUCCUCAAGGAAUUCACGUUUUGGUUACCGACGAAUUGGUUGCUAAUAUGAAGGACGAAAGCAUGUACUACGUGGAAACUAUCAAAGAUACGGCCAGCGAACGGUACAAAUUACUCUUGAAAUCAUCCUCACGCUGAACACCGACGGGUAACUACUCCGUUAGUAUGGGCAUCGAUUUUGAAAAUCUUUAUGAGAAGAUAAUCGAACGAGGAAGAGCACGAUGAUGCGCGAUGAUACUCCGAUACUUUACUCUUUGUGCAAUAUCGUUUAUAUAGAUAUGUGAUAAAUGUGCAUCGUUAUGGAAGAAAAACGAGGAAACGAUUCAAGCGAGUUAAUCGGCAAAUUAACAUUCUAACUAAUUAAAGAUAAUGCACGAAAGGGAGUCAUCUAUUUAACUUAUCAAUUUGUAGGCGCAUACGUUUGUAUUUAUGACAUAGACGGUAUCGAUCAUCUUUUUUAUACGAUAAUAACAAAUUCUCGUCGUAUGGUAUAUAUAUAUAUAUAUUGAUUUCUAAUAUUUCGCAUUAUAAAUCACUUAUAUUUUUGACAAUAAUAGCGACAAUACCGAAAGAAAUGUUCGAGUGUUACGAGCGAAUUUGUUUUUUGCCAUAUUAAUUUAAAUCUAUUUGAGUAAUAUCGAUUUAUGUAUACAUGGUGCGAGUUAAGAAAUGGUCUGGUAAUGGAUAGUCUCGUCAAAUUUGUUACGUUAUUUUAUUUCAUCUCUUAUGAGAAAAAUUAAAUUUAUUAUUAAAAAUAAAUAUCUUUAUUGCGUUAUGAUAUUAAAUAUAACCGUUGUUUUUCUUCUUUUGUUAUUCAUCAGUAAACUGUUGUUGUAUAGGUAGAUAUUGACUUUUUAAAAGCAUCACAGAUUUUGAAUACCAAAUGACUAAUAUUUACGUAAUAAAAAAGAAAAAAAACCUCAUAGUUAUUAACGUCGUAAAAGUUAUUUUAUUAUCGUGUUUGUUUGAUUGAUAUAACUGGAAAAUGAAUGGAGCGAAAUGUGAAAUGUCAAAUUCAUAAAUUUGUUCGUUCUUUCGCAACCAAUGGAAAAUAUUUAUUAAAGCGGCACAAUCGAUUCGCGUUAGGUGCCUUAAUUGUUCUGCCAAGCAUAAUUCCAAAUGCUUCCAAGGAGUGGUAUUAAGUAUGCAAAUUGUACAAAUUUGAUCGGUCUUAGCUACGUCUGGUUUCACGGAUAAACUUACCAAGUAUUAUAACCUUCCUGUUAUUUGUUAUGUCGUAAGAGUUUAUACAAAUUAUAAUUGUUAAUAGGAUAAAACAAAUUAUAAGCAUACGCAUAUAAUGAUAUGUUGUUAUAUAUUUACAAUGAAGCGUACCUGUGCGUCGAACGGCAGCUAUAUUUAGUGUCGUUUUCAUCGUUUGACAUGAUUAUAUCUCCAGUAAUUUACAUUGAUACGUACAACUAAAGAUAUAUAAUAAGAAAGCGAUAAAUGUGCUGAAAAAGCAAUUAAUGUCUGUCUACCUUUACAUAUAUCGCGCGAUUAUAAAUCAGCUAUUUUUUCACUAUCGUAUGUUACGUGCCGCGUAUAAUUAUUAUUAGCUAUUGAUAAUUUUGACUAUAAAAUUUGUUACUGAUAUAAUAUGCAUCAUAUAUCCGUUUAAUACGUACAUUUUCAAAGUCUUCGCGAAAGGAAAUAACAAAUCGGCAUGUAAAGGUAGCGUGAUAACGUGUCGUCUCUAUAGAAAUGAAACUUAAAUUUUGUAAGAUUACUUUUAAAUCUGACGAGGAACACUGUGUACGCUCAUAAAUCCAUGCGCGUCGAUAUACAAAUUAUAUUAAGUAUUGUGUAUUUUGUGUGCGUGUGUGUGUGUGCGUGCGUGCCUGUGCUGUGUAUACGUAGUCUCGCAAUUUGCGUACAAUCAGUCUGAAUAAGCAUAAUAAAUAUUUUUCAAUGAAA